GGCCACCGGCCCCAGCCGCCGCCGGAGCCGCCGCCAGAGCCGCCUCGCCCACCCCGGCCAGCGUUCUGUCAAGAUGUCUACUGUCCAUGAAAUUUUAAGCAAGCUCAGCCUGGAAGGAGAUCAUUCUCUCCCUCCAAGUGCAUAUGCCACAGUUAAGGCUUACUCAAACUUUGAUGCUGACCGGGAUGCUGCAGCCCUGGAAACAGCCAUCAAGACCAAAGGUGUGGAUGAAGUUACCAUCAUCAACAUCCUGACAAACCGCAGCAAUGAACAGAGGCAGGAUAUUGCCUUUGCCUAUCAGAGGAGAACCAAAAAGGUUUGCCAGACCCCAAACGGUAGUCCUCCAAUAGCAGCCCAGAAUGCACAUCCAAAUGAACUUUCUGCAGCACUUAAGUCUGCUCUGUCAGGUCAUUUAGAGGCAGUGAUCUUGGGCUUGCUGAAGACACCAUCACAGUAUGAUGCCUCUGAACUGAAAGCUGCCAUGAAGGGCCUGGGGACUGAUGAGGACACACUUAUCGAAAUCAUUUGCUCACGGACAAAUCAGGAGCUUUAUGAAAUUAAUAGAGUCUAUAGGGAAAUGUACAAAACAGAACUGGAGAAGGACAUUAUAUCAGACACAUCUGGUGACUUCCGCAAGCUAAUGGUUGCCCUGGCCAAGGGCAAAAGGUGUGAAGAUACUUCUGUGAUUGAUUAUGAGCUGAUUGACCAAGAUGCUAGGGAGCUCUAUGAUGCUGGUGUCAAGAGAAAGGGAACUGAUGUUCCCAAGUGGAUCAAUAUUAUGACUGAAAGAAGUGUUCCACAUCUGCAGAAAGUGUUUGAAAGGUACAAGAGCUACAGCCCGUAUGAUAUGUUGGAGAGCAUCAAGAAGGAAGUUAAGGGAGAUCUGGAGAAUGCCUUCAUUAAUCUUGUUGAGUGCAUUCAGAACAAGCAGCUAUACUUUGCAGACAGACUCUAUGAUUCCAUGAAGGGCAAGGGAACCCGUGACAAGGUCCUGAUUAGGAUUAUGGUCUCCCGCUGCGAGGUUGACAUGCUGAAAAUUAAGAGUGAAUUCAAGAGGAAAUACGGAAAAUCCCUCUAUUACUUCAUCCAGCAAGACACAAAAGGUGAUUACCAGAGGGCGCUGCUGAACCUGUGUGGUGGAGAGGACUGAAAACUGUGAUGUGGGAAACAGAAACGCAGAGACAUGCCUGUUCUGCUCUUCCUUUUACUGUAACCCGUGACAAAAUCGAGCCGCCAUGCAAACCCUGCCUCUACCCCUGCUUCACCACUGACGCAGCUCCCCAGCGCUGCCUGCACAUCUCAGCAGCAGCUCUGCUUGGCUCUGCCAGAGUUCCUAACAGCGUAAAGCCAGAGAAACUAACAUUCCCCAGAGAUAAAGGUUAAACGUGCUAGUGGAGAAUGCCUCUUUGUGUAAUGUUUCUAAUAAAACAUAAAUAAAACAGA